AUGCAAUCAGCCGAACUUCAAGAAAGCAGUGAUUUGAGUGAAUUAGAUGAUCGUGACCUUGGCAAUGGCGCGAGUGGCGCUCCCCCCCUGAAGAAAACCCGCAAGAAAGAGGUGAGGACAAAUUCGCGCUUGGAAGGCCGGUCUUCAAAGGCGUCCAAGACCAAGAAGAAGAGAGCGGGUCACAAUUGGGUCGCACAGGGCAGUGACGCCAGUGGCGCUCCGGCCCUGGAGAAAACGAAUGAAGCGACAAAUUCGCCCUUGGAAGGCCACCCUUCAAUGGCAUCCACAAAGAGAGCGGGAGACAAUUUGGCCGCACAAGGCAGUGACGCCAGCGGGGCUCCGAACCUGGAGAAACCAAAUAAAGUGACGAGUUCGCACUUGGAAGGCCGUCCUUCAAAGGCAUCUACGAAGAAAAGGGUGGGAGACGAUCUGGCCGCGGAGCCAACCAAGCGGUCCAACCAGGGCCAAAAAACGCACAUGGAUUCAUCUGAAGGCUCUCUAGGUCUUAAUCUCCGCGCCGGGAAAACUGCGAGGGUUAGCAGUAAAUCCAAAAAUGCAGCUGCAAAAACCUGUUCCAGUUCAACUUCUAUUCGUAACAGCAAUCCCAAGGGAAUCACGGAAGCUUUGACAUUCAAUCUGCUUGAGCAAUCAUUUUCGGUGCAACCGGAGCCGGCUCUGUUGAUAUCACCCACCUGCAUUGAUAACUUUGAAAACUUGAUGGAGGAGGAGAAUUUGAUACGCUUCGAGGCCGAAAACUUACUAGACGACGCCAUGCAACCCACACAGAUGGCUCCAAAUUGGCAAUCUCUGAGCCCAAAAUCCCCGGUUCGGCGUGCGCGAGUGGAGCCAGCCAUGAUUCCUUCGAAUUCUUGGAUUUCGCUUCAGUUGUCGGCAAAAGAGGGGUCCGCGAUUGGUGCAAUAGAACAGAUGUCAAACAUGCAAACAAUGCAGUUGAUACAAGACGGGCUUUAUCGUUUGCCAGUAGACCGUCCCGAAGACAGUUCACUCCCCUCGAGUCCGGCGGGAUUUGAUUCGACCAAUAGGACGUUGCCAACGCAAACUCAAGUUUUAGAGCGACUGGUAUCGGAUGGCCUCUUAUCCAAAAGGGUAUUGCGUUCACUGGCCCCCUCAAAACAAUCCAGUUUGGCUCUUGUCCCUGACCCCCCACGCACGGGGGCGGAUUUCAUACAAGCCUGCGAAUCAAUCUCUGCAAACCACUGUCUAGAUCCCCCAAGACAAUCGGCAGUGGAAUCAGGCGGGCACAUAAACAAUGAAUACAUUUGCUUCAGCCCACCUGCCAUGGCUCCAACCGACAAAGUUUUGGAGCAAAUGGAGACUGAGCCGAGUGGAGCAGAAUUAUUUCAAGACCUCAUCGAAAUGAUUCUCCGUAAGGACGAUUGUUGUGGAGAUGUCGUCAUGCAGCACCCAACUCAGGAGCAGGGAUGCACACAGGCCGAAACACAGAGUGAACCAGGUGCCGAGUACAAAAGGGGUCAUGAUACCAAUCAAGCCAGAAGCUGCCCACCAACAAUCACCGGGGGGAAAAGUUCCUCUUGCUUCAAUCUCCUCCAGCUGUAA